AUGCUUACCGUCACCAGUAGGGAUAACAUCCUACAACAGCCGAUGUGCAGCACAUCACCGAUUUCAAUAUCGAAUCUGGUUGUGAGCGCUUUUGGAUCGCCAAGUGAAAUCUGCUCCGCUUGUCAGCAGCCGAUCCUUGAGCAGUAUUUUCUGGUCCUUGAAAGUCGUCCCUAUCAUUCCCAUUGCCUUCGGUGUGCUCUGUGCCAUUGCGGACUUUCAUAUGAAACGUCCUGCUAUGUAAAAAAUGGCUUGAUCCUGUGCAGAAAGGACUACACAGCAAAAUUCCGCCGAUCCUGCGCAAAAUGUCAUGUGACCCUAGAAUGUGACGACAUUGUAAUGAGAGCUCGUGACGCCGUAUUUCAUGUUCAGUGCUUCUGUUGUGCGGUGUGCGGCAUUCAACCCAAUGUUGGAGACAUUUUUGCUAUGACCCGACAUUUUGAGAUUCUAUGUCAAGUUCACUAUGACAUUCCACAGAUGGACGAACCACCUUCGAUAGCGCAAAGUCUUAAACGCAAAGACGAUUCGGAUGAACCGGAAGAUUAUGCCGAAGACGAGCAGCCAUCGCAUAGUCGAUCGAAGCGAAUGCGGACUUCGUUCAAACAUCAUCAGCUGCGGACAAUGAAGCAAUACUUCAAUUUGAAUCACAAUCCGGAUGCGAAGGAUCUCAAACAGUUGGCACAAAAAACUGGACUGACGAAGCGAGUUUUGCAGGUUUGGUUUCAAAACGCUCGCGCUAAAUACCGACGAUCAAUGCAUGGUAGCGAUGGUGCAACAAUUUCGCCACUGACGGUAGUCUCCACUAAUAUUCAUGAUUGUCAGAACGAAUCACCGAGCCGAGAUUCAAGCGAAGCAUAG